AUGAGUGAACAAGAGAGGAAACUCAUUGAUGAACGAGUUAAGAAAUGGGAGAAUGAACGUCCGAUAAUUCGUACCAUAAUUAGCGAUCAAAAGUUCAAGCAGCAUACAUUUGAUUUUUUGCGCGAUAUAUAUAAUGAUCUUGCUUUUGAUUACAAUGCUAGGCAAUACUUUGAGAAAGAAUAUGUUCAAAAAGGUCGUAUUAAUUUCCCAAUGAGAAGAGAAGGCUUUUUGAUUACAUCAACAUAUACAGCACGUGGUAGAGACCCUUUUACAGACGCGGUUCGUAACUUUAAAGCACGUUCUUCUAUUAAUGAUGAUCCAGAUUUCUACAUACCUUAUUUUCGUCCACCUUCGCAUCCUUUACGAACCAGUGAUCCUGGAUAUGACGCUAAACGAAGAUAUAUAGAGACGAAAUUAGCUAAAUACAAGGAACCUAAGGAUCCAAGGACUGGAGAAGUAAAGGAAUCACAUGUCAAGAUAAAUAAGCUUUACAAAGUAGUUGAAGAAUUGGAGAAACGAUCUAAUGAGAUUAACGCUGAGAAGAAAAAGGAAGUACCAAAUAUGAACAAACUAGAUAAGAUGAUUAAGGAAUAUAGAGGAUUGGCGAAUACAUCGAGCGUUCUAAUAAAGGAAGUAGAAAACACGACAAAGCUGCAGAAAAUGAUUCAUGAUGAAUUACUGUUAGGUGAAUUUUCUAUAAAACAAAGACAGAGUAACUUAAUGGGUGAGGCUUAUUAUUUGGAGAAUUGGUAUAAUGAGAGGUUAAAACAAAUGUCGACUCCAACACCAACUCCUACACCUACUCCUACAGUAGCUCCAACACCAACUCCCACUCCUGAACCAACAGUAGCUCCAACGCCAACUCCUACAGUAGCUCCAACGCCAACUCUGACACCAACUGCUCACGCAGGUCCUCCACCAAUGUCGAGUAGUCAUGGUAUAA